UAUCCACAGGUCGAAUUUGUGAAACGCGAUGUUCCCGUCUUUGAGCUGGAUGUCGGAAGGAUCUCGGAUGCUCUUCAUGGAAGUCUGGAUCCGUCCAUUUUAUCCAUGUUUCAGGAGAAGAGGCUGACGGAGAGCGUGGAGAGCGAGGCGUCGCUGCUGUCCGCUCUGACCGAGAUGUUGGACAGCGUGGACGUCGAGACACUGUCGCCAUUCGACACGCUGCCGGACGCAGACAUCUUCUCGGCUCAGAAGAGUUCGGAUCACACGCUCAGGAAUCUGCUUUAUUUGAAGCAGUCGUCACCGGAUCGGCCCAAAACCUCUCCACAAGCAGCUGUAAAGACGUCAGGAAGAGAGGUCGUGAUGUCAGACAGACAGUUGAGACCCCGUCGGAUUUUAGCGACCCAGACUAAGAUUUUACAUCACAAGAGCCGAUCCCUGAGAACCUUCCGGAUCGAAUCCCAGCCGAUAUUCCUACAAGACUGUCAGGAAGUCCUUGCAGAUUUAGUGAGACACAUGCAUCCGUACUGCAUCAGGACACACCUGGAGAAAGAGAGGCGUGUGUCUGCGGAGCAGGAAGAGGAGGAGUUUGUUGAUGUAGAAGGUUACGAGGAACAGGACGAGAACAUUCUGGACCAAUCAGAAGCCUUGAGUCCAAAUGCACAGAAACAAAAUGCCACAUCUUCAGACCAAACCGAUAAGACGACACCUAAACGCAGCGCUUUAGUCAAAACCAGCGAUGCUUUACGAGUGAAGAAAACAGUGACUUUUGCAUUAAACUUAAUCUGCGUUCACGAGAUUCCUCCAGACGAUGAUGAGAUUUACUCUGACAUCACUUCCCCUCAGAAGCCCAAAGCGCUCAGUCUAGACCAGUACCGUCUCCUCAGACAGAAGAAGCCAGCUCUGGAGGAGAAACCAAUGGACUUUCGAACCAAAUGGCCUUCGCUUCACGAGCUUCCCAAGGAGCUUCCUCCGAUCCUGCCGAAGCUGGAUCCACACACACCUCAAUCCCAGCCGCUGGGAAUCUCUCGUCUCUCUCGGAAAGAUGCAAGGAAGGCUGUAGGUCUUUGCAUCGACCCUCCAAACCCGGUUUUAGUGCCCUUGAAACCCACACGACAGCCCAUAAUCUCAGCCUCAGAACCAGAUGCAUGUGUUUCUUGUGAAGAGGUUCGAGUCUCUGAGGACGAACCCGAAGCUUCAGAAAGGAGACAGAAGCAGACGACGUGUGGAGCAAUCGGGAUUGAAGCCGCUGAUCUGACCAGCCUUCUGGAGCAGUUCGAGACGCAAGGACUGACUCCACCCGCCACACCUCCACAUCAGAUCUGGAGGCCCCCGGCGUCGCUCAAAGGGACCAAACAUGAAUCCAGCAAACCCAUCCAGAUAAUCGAACCUCGCCCACUGCCGCCCAGUAAAACUCACUCCAAACCAUCACUUCCCAGCUCCUCUCCAGCGGUGAAUCCCACUCGAGCGUUCCUGGACCACGACUACUGUGGGAUUCAGAGCAGAGAGACGUCUUUAGCGCACACUGACGCUCUGUCUGGUUCAGUGCUGCUGUCUCCUGACAGCUCCCCCUGCAGGAUGGAGGCGUUCCAGGAGGCGGAGUCUCUGAGGGGGCGGGGCUUGCACAUCUCCGGCUCUCUGAGCCCAUUGGACCGCGGGAGGCUGAAGAGGCGGGGCUAUGAUGACAGAUACCGGCGCUCCAGCUCGAGGUCGUGCUCCUCGUGUUCUUCAUCAUCAUCUUCUCGUUCCAGGUCUCGGUCGCCACCCAGAAAAAGGUACAGGCCCAGGAGGCGUUCAGGAAGCAGUUCCUCCUCGCGCUCCAGUUCACGCUCGUCUUCUCGUUCUCCUCCUCGCAAGCGUGGAUCUAGAUCACGAUCCGAAUCGUCACACCGCUCUCGUUCAGGUUCGCGCUCGCCUGAGUCUCACUGCAGAUGGACGAGUCGCAGACAGAAGGAGCUCAACCGCAGACACGAGGAGGCUCGUAAACUCCAGCAGCAGAACGCCAUCGAGGAGCGGAGGGUGGUGUAUGUGGGAGGAAUCCGUGGAAGCACGUCUCCGUCGGACCUCAGAGAUCGAUUCUCUCUGUUCGGGACGGUGGAGGACUGCACGGUGCAUCUCAGGAGUCACGGAGACAACUACGGCUUCAUCACGUAUCACAGCACAGACGAUGCUUACGCUGCUAUUGAGAACGGCAGUAAACUGAGGCGUCCAGACGAGCUGCCCUUCGACAUCUGCUUCGGCGGCAGACGACAGUUUUGCACAUCCAACUAUGCAGAUUUAGAUUCCAAUCGAGAUGUGGCUCCAACAUCCAGGAGCCGAUGUGAGCCGUUCGACUUCGACACGCUGCUGAAUCAAGCUCAGAGAGGACGGAAGAUGAGAUGUUCAAGAAUCAGAGAUGCUGAUUUCACCACUGACCAGCUUAAACGACCAAUUUAGCUGGUUCACAUUCUG